GGCGCCUCCGCCUGCGCUCGAGCUCCGCCUCCUUCCGCGGCCCCUGGGGCUGGGAGUCGCCGCAGACGCCAUUUCCUCAGCGCCCCCGCGGCGGCGCGGCUGCAUCAGCGCUGACGUGAGAGCGACGCGCGGCUCCGCCCGGCCCGAUCCCCCCCACCCCCUGUGACGGGGGCAGCACGUACAGGGCGGCGGACGGAUGACCAUGGAAAUGGUUGAAUCGCAACAGGAUGAUAACGCAGUGGAUUCUAUGCCAGAUAGAGACGCUGUUCACAGUCGCAGUCAGCCAGACAAACAUGAGAUUUCCGCAGUAUCUCAGGUAGUAUCGAUUGCGGAUGACUCUGCAGAAUCAGAACAAAUAACUGAGACUCAGAAACGUAGGGAAAUACUUUCAAGAAGGCCUUCAUACCGAAAAAUUUUGAAUGAACUCUCUUCAGAUACUCCUGCAAUCCCAAAGAUUGAUGAAGAAAAGUCAGAAGAAGAAGGAGCUGGAAUUUCUCCAUUGUCCAUGCCAAGCAGCCUGUAUCAUUCUAGCACGGGGCAAUUCAUUGCUAUAACUCCAGGUGGUACAAUCCAGAUUUCGAAUCCACCUUCUGAUGGUGCCCAGGGACUGCAGACAUUAACAAUGACGAAUUCAGGAGCUCCUCAGCCGGGUGCUACCAUUGUGCAAUAUGCAGCACAGUCAUCUGAUGGUACACAACAGUUUUUUGUCCCUGGAAGCCAACUUGUUGUUCAAGCUGCCACUGGAGACAUGCCAUCUUACCAGCUUCGGACUCCCACUACUAACUUACCUCAGGGAGUGGUAAUGGCAGCCUCACCGGGGGCUCUGCAUAGUCCUCAGCAGCUGGCAGAAGAGGCAACACGCAAGAGGGAGCUGCGACUUAUGAAAAACAGGGAAGCUGCCAGAGAAUGUCGCAGAAAGAAGAAAGAAUAUGUCAAAUGUCUUGAAAAUCGUGUGGCUGUGCUUGAAAACCAAAACAAGACUCUCAUUGAGGAACUCAAGGCCCUCAAAGAUCUUUAUUGUCAUAAAGCAGAAUAACUGUCUUUCAUUUGGACCUUGUUUAUUAUGAACUUUAAUCAAGGCAUGAGAGGAAGCAAUUCUACAGAUUGCCAUAUGAACUUGAGAAAGAGACACUUGAGGCCCUUGUGGAAUCCCAGUUUUGCUUAAAGUUUUCAUACUUAUUUGGGAGAUGCUGCAAAAUUUGGAAUUCAGUUGUAGUCUCCCUACUCUGCUGAGCUUUCUAAUAGCAUGCAAAUGGCUUUUUGUUUGCACUUUUUACUUCUGCUUUUUGCAGGGAAGCUGCUAAAGAAUGUCGACGUCGGAAGAAAGAAUACAUAAAAUGUCUGGAGAGUCGUGUUGCAGUGCUAGAAGUUCAGAACCAGAAACUUAUAGAGGAGCUUGAAACCCUUAAAGACAUUUGCUCUUCCAAAGCAGAUUAGUAAAAAUAUUUAUUAUACUGUGAACUGACCUAAAAUAUGUCCGGUUGCUUUAUAAGGCAAUACAUGGCCAACAUGAAUUAUGGCUUUCUCUGUGUCAUUUAUAUUAUAUUCCAACUUCUAACAUUCCCGAAAUGCUUUCCUGCUUUUUGUCAAUUCAUAGCUCUGCUUACAGAUUUUCCACGUUCCACCCUUCCACCUCCCAAGGAGCCAAAUGGUUUAACAAAAACAAAAGAAGUAUCAAAGUGAAAAAACCCAUGAUUUCUAAGAGCUGUUUCUUUGCCAUAUAUUUACAUGCUACUUUUUACAUGUACUGCUAGUGUUCUGCACAUGCAAAAUAUUUUACAGCUGUUUCAAAUGAAUCGUAAAUAUAAUGCAUCCGGUAAUACGAGAAAAAUCAAAAUAACUCAAGGUAUCUCAGGAAAGAGUUUAUAAAAGAAUGUUAUGAUUACAUGUAUGUAUUAGCAUACUGGUCUACAAAUGAUUUUAUGACAUAUUUUUAUAUUAGUUGCUUUGUGGAAAGAAAAAGUAUUGUAUUGCUAUCACUGAGUGCCAUGGCUAAAGAUAGUUUUUAAUAGAAUGAUGUUGUUUAA